AUGGCUCAGUCAGAUCCUAGAAACAUCGAUACGUCAUGCUUUGUUGGUCAGGCACGCAACAUGGGUCAGGGCCUUUUCACCAUGCAGUCAGAUGAUCAAUGCAGCGAAGAUCUUCCGAACACGCGACAGUCUGAAGACUUUGCAAAACCCUUUAGGUUGCUGGAUCUACCAACAGAGAUCCGCCUCAUGAUUUACGAGGAGCUGGACGUUGUCUACAAGCGACACAUUGUCCCACUCUCUCUGGGAGGAGGUGGACAUUACGGCACACUGAUCAAUGCGUCUCUCGAGGGUGUUCGUAUCCUACAGACAUGCCGUACGAUCAAUGAUGAGGCAAGCUACAUCAUGAAGCCGGCUCUCACACAUUUGUCAGCAAAGCCAGCAACAAUGAUCGUCAAGCCAGAAGACUUGGUCGCACUUACCUCGAUGGGGGACUUUAACACUUUCCAUCGAAACCUUUUUAGAGCGCCUCCUAAGCGGCUAAUAUCGGCCAUCAUCGCCUACCGCACUGGCCGAGCAGGAAUCGCGGAGCUUCGACGGGCCUUUCGUGCCCCCAAAGAGAUCGAUGACGAAGUCCUGAAGGCCAUAGGCACGUUCAUCCUCCGCAUAGCUGAAUGCAGCAAGAACGUGCCUGAAUCGCCGCCCGUCCGCGUUGUCAUCGAAAUGCUUGUAUCGUUCAGGCGUCCCUUCUAUACGGUCACCUUUUCGCGGCUUAGGCGAACCUGGUACAAGAUAGUUCGUGGAGAGCCUCACCCACAAAGCCGCACUGUGCAGACGACUCGUCGACGCGUUCUGAACUGUUUCGCACAUCGUACGUCAUAUUCCUCCACAUCAGUGGCCGUGUUGUUGCAUUUUUCCAGCCCACUGGACAUGUACUACGAUCUCCCGAAUUUGCAGCAGAUUCUGGAGAACGCCAUUGUGAGCGGAAUUGCUGCGGCUAGAGCUCACCGUGCGCUUGGAACGGUCGAGUACGCCGACUUGUAUAACCCUACCGAGCUGUAG